GGGAGUCCCGCAGGCAGGGGUGCUAGCCUGGACCAUAGGCGAAUGAAGGGAGAGGAAACCGGCGCGCGUGGCUCAGGCGUGCGCCUGAAUUUAAGUGUCAAUGCUUGAACUCAAAUGUCUGCCCCUGGCCUCCGGGUGUGGCCCCAGGGGAGGAGCAGCGGGCUGUGAGUUACCCUCCGGGGCUCCAGGCCGGCUUUUCCAUCCCCUCGCCCCUCGGGAGUGCUCUCCGGAAUGUUCUCUCUUCUCCUGGGGAUCCCCAGCCCCAUGGCACGGUGGUGACCCCACAUGAGCCUGCUAUUAACCUCCCGUGCAGCUGGAGCCCGGCAGGGAGGCCCCCGCAGCUCACAGGCUGGAGCGGGUUCUGGGCAGCUUCGGAGGUGCACCCGCAGAUGCUCCUGGACCAAGGCCCCUGCAGAGGUCCAGGCGGGGGAGGGUGGAGCGGGCGCCCCUGUCUGGCAGACCUGGGGUGGGAGGAGCCCCUGGACCUGCUGUCCCUAUGUGCGCUGACGCCAGAGCUGCCUGCUGCGUCCUCGGGAGGGAGUUACGACGUUUCCAUCUGUGCCCACGGAAGAAACUUGUCUUAACUGGUGAGAAGAUUACCCAGCCGGUUCACUGCAGGGGCCGAGAGGACCAGAGUGUUGAGACGUAGCAGCUGCUGUUAGGAGGGAAGUGAGGGUCGGGGGCUCCUUCCGGGCCACAGGAGCCCUGCCGGGCAGCGGGCAUCGGGCAUCAGCUCCAUGCAGGGCUGGCCGGCGCAGGGCGUCACCCCAGCAAGGGGGGUACCCACAGCUCUCUCCUUGCCCCUGACCGCUCAGUGUCGUCUUUGAUCUCACUUGACAACCCCACGCAUCUUGUCCUGCUUUAUGCAGUUCAUUUUCCUCAAGGGCCGGAGCAGUGCUUGUUAAACAUCCACGUGACCUUAGAGACUAAUGAGAUGUACUUCUCCUCUAGCUGUGGUUAUGUGGCGUGUCCCAGGCCUGAGUCCUGGCUGCCGACCCCUGAAGCCUGCGGGCCCAGCUCCCCAGAGGCUCAGAGGCUUCUCCGUGUGCCCAGGGCGAGGGUCCUGCACCUUGACUGCAGGGGAGCAGGGGUAAGACUCAGUACCCCUGAGAAAUUAGCCACCAUAACCAACAUAACAGAGUUCCUGCUGCUGGGGCUCCCCGAGGACCAGGCGCUGCAGAGGCUCUGCGCCAGCGUCUUCCUCCUGACGUACCUGGCCGCCGUCGCGGGCAACCUGCUCAUCGUGGCCCUCACUUCCGCGGACCAGCGCCUGCAGACCCCCAUGUACUUCUUCCUCAAGAACCUGUCGCUGGUUGACAUCUGCUUCAUCUCCACCACCGUGCCCAAGUCCGUGGCCAACACGCUGACCAGCGGCCCGGCCAUCUCCUUCCGGGGCUGCGCCGCGCAGGUCUUCCUGGUGAUCGCCUUCGCGGGCUCGGAGUUCGCGCUGCUGCUGGCGAUGUCCUACGACCGCUACGCCGCCAUCUGCCGCCCGCUGCACUACGGGGUCCUCAUGAGCAGGGCCGCCUGCGUGCGGAUGGCGGCGGCCUCCUGGCUCAGUGGUUGCGUCUAUGGCUCCCUGCACGCGGCGGGGACCCUGUCCAUGCGCUUCUGCGAGUCCAACAUCGUGCACCAGUUCUUCUGCGACGUCCCCUCGUUGCUCGCGCUCGCCUGUCCCGGGGAGCAGAGACUGGAACUCGCCUUCAUCGUGUGCAGUUGUGGGUUUGGUUUCUUAUGCUUUGUUUUAAUGGUUGUGUCCUACGCUCACAUUUUCUCUGCUGUCCUGAGGAUUCCGUCCACCCAGGGCAGGUUCAAGACCUUCUCCACCUGCCUGCCCCACCUCUCGGUGGUGACCCUGUUCCUCACCUCCGGAAUCAUCACCUAUUUAGCUAAAAAUUUUAAAUCUUUGUCACUGAAACUGGUGGUGUCUGUGCUUUACACAGUGUUGCCCCCCAGCCUGAACCCCGUCAUCUACAGUCUGAGGAACCGGGACAUGCGGGCAGCCCUGGGAAAGCUGAUCAGCGGGGAAAUGUCCAGAACCUAUUUUUGACAUAAAUGUGUAAAAGCUCAUUCAGGGGACGGUUUGGUGGUCACAGUCCAUUCCGGCAGCACUGUCUGCGUGUCCUGGCACCCCAGUCCUCUUCCAGGUCUGCACGUUGGUCCUUUCAGGGCGGUGUGGCCUGCCCCUUGCCGGCCCGAUGGUGCCACAGCAGGAAGGUGCUGAGCUGUGGCUGUAUGUCCUGCCUCAGUGGACAGCGACGCUGGCGUUCAUACUCUCGGGCUGCGGGGAUUUUAUUUUUAUAAAGAUGGUCUCACGCUGGUUGGUCAUCUGACAGGUUGGAAACAGUGCUCUUCACAUAAAACCAGCUGGUCACCUGAUGCCGGCCCGGUCAGCUUGUCCUUGAUGGCCGUGAACUGGGGAGGGAUCUCAGCUUCUCUGGGUGAGAGCGCAACUGGACACACUUGUCGGUUUCUGCGAGGGCUUGUAUUUUUCAACUCUGCUUCUGAGAGAGACAAAGAAGAAUCUUUCCGUCCACUGUGGGGUGGACUCCCGACACACUCCUCUCGCUCCCUGGGCAGCCUCAUUCAGGGCUUCUCCCUGGCGAGCUCCAGCGCGGUGGGGCUGCGUUCCUUUGUGCUCUCUCUUGAAUUUACAAAGACAAUAUUAUGACGCUCUGGAAAAUAAUAUUCAGGCAGAGGUGAAAAUACACACCCACCGCAACUGGGAGCCUCGAUCUGUGUGGGGGGCCAGGCAGCAUUGGGGGACCAUUGUCCAGGUUGAGCCCCUCCCACCACAUCCCCAGGCGAGGCAGGGCAGGGCUUGGGAUCCCUGGCGCAGCCCCUGGCCAGCCAGAACCCCUUGACUUGUCUCCUGUCCACGGGGCCGGAGCAGGGAGGCCGCGGGAACCUUUCUCUUCAGGCUGGUCUGGGCUGAGGCCGCAGCGGCCAGAGGCUGGCCUGGCUCAGGGCGGACAGGCGCUCCCUGGCCUUGCAGAGGAGCCCAAGCCCACGGCGCCGACAGUGCCGACAAGCUCUGUCCCUGCGCUCCCUCCUGCCCUGUCCAAACCUUCCUGCUUCAUUCCCUGUGUCCCUUUGAGUAUUUCUUUCCUUUGGGGUGUUUUCUUUCUCGUGUGCGUCCAGUUCGGGCCUCUCCACUGCUGACCACAGAUCUCCCCCAGCCCUGCAUGAACCUCUGCUGAGCUGUGCACAGAUGUGGGCAUGUCCUGCUGUGUGGCCGAGGGGCUGAGGCUGCCCUGGGGCAGCAGCUUGGCUGAGACGGAAGGUCUCAGCCAUGGAUCCCCCCUGGUGAAAGGCCUGGAGCAGGUGCAUCCUGCAGCCCGGGGUCACGGUGUGGGAACAGGAGCCCCGGGAAGCGAUCGCCCCUCACCAGUGACACUGCCGAAGGCCAUCUGGGCAGCUGAGGUGCCUCCUUGGACCUCGGGGGCUGAGGCCACGGCUGCCCCCCUGGGGUCAGCUCCUCUCCCCAGGGUCUUCCCUGAGGUGGUGCGGGUUCAGAGGGGCGCUGUCCUGCCCGCUCCUCGCCAGCUCAGGCCCCGUUGAUUUCUCUUUUCUGUUCUCUCGGUUAUUUCCACUCGGGCUUCCUGGCGCUUCCUCCGCCCCAUGAGGCAGGAAGUCGGGCCGUUUAUGUGAAACCCUCUGGUCCCAGCGCAGAGCCCGUUGCCACGGACACGCACGUCCAGGCUGCUCGCUGAGCUCUCAGGGUGGGAAACGUGUCUCCGUUGUCAUUUACUUCAAUACAUUUAAAAUUCCAUGUUUUCAUUACCUGUUUUUAAAAUUUAUUUUUAAAAAUAGCAUUCCGCUCAUGACGUGCUUUUCUGUCUCUGU